CUAAUAUUCUCUAUAAGGGUGUAGCAGUCAUUGAAGAAAAAAGUAAUACUGUUUUUGAAUAAAGUAGGCAAGUUCAAAGAUUUCGUUAAUCUUGCGCUGCGCGUGGUUAUAUAAACAAGGGCUCGGAAAUGCCAUUUUCAUCAAAACAAAGCUGCCACAAAUAGAUUUUCAAUAUAUCUUUUUUUCCCUUCUUCUUCUUUCCCAUUCACGCUCGAUAUUUGAGACUUUCCAGAUUGUUCAGAGUUACAUUAACACCAGAGGCUGGAGCCGAAGAGGAAAAAGAUAAUCUAUGGGGGAAGACGCAGGAAGAGGUUUGGAAUGCCAGAAGAUUAUGGAUGGGAAGGGGAAUAAUGGGAAUAGUUCACAGAAGGCUAUCCCUUCUUGUUGCUUGAAGGCUAGGGCUUCAGCCCCUGAGCUUGAGGCUAAAUGCCAUUCUACCGUUGUUUCUGGGUGGUUCUCAGAAUCUCAGUCUUCUUCUGAUAAGGCCGGUAAAAUGGUUUACUUCAACAAUCCUAUGUGGCCCGGAGAAGCACAUUCUCUGAAAGUUGAAAGCAUUUUGUACAAAGCAAGUUCAGACUAUCAAGAGGUUCUUGUUUUUGAGUCAUCAAGCUACGGGAAAGUGCUUGUUCUUGAUGGUAUAGUUCAGCUGACUGAGAAGGAUGAAUGUGCAUAUCAGGAGAUGAUAACUCAUCUUCCCCUUUGCUCAAUUCCAUCUCCCAAAACCGUUCUGGUUGUGGGAGGUGGUGAUGGUGGGGUUCUUGCAGAGAUUUCUCGGCACAGCUCUGUUGAGCACAUUGAUAUAUGUGAAAUAGAUAGGAUGGUUAUAGAGGUUUCUAAGAAGUUCUUUCCAGAACUGGCUGCUGGAUUUGAAGACCCCCGUGUUUGUCUUCAUGUUGGUGAUGCUGUUGAGUUUCUUCGUAAUGUUCCAGAAGGGAAGUAUGAUGUAAUCAUUGUUGAUUCAUCAGAUCCUGUAGGUCCUGCUCAAGAGCUUGUAGAGAAACCAUUUUUUGAUACGUUAGCUAGAGCUUUAAGGCCUGGUGGUGUCCUAUGUAACAUGGCAGAGAGUAUGUGGCUUCAUACACAUCUAAUUGAUGAUAUGAUCUCUAUUUGCCGCGAAAUAUUCAAAGGUUCUGUUCAUUAUGCAUGGGCGAGUGUUCCAACAUAUCCAAGUGGUGUGAUUGGUUUUCUGAUAUGCUCGACAGAGGGGCCAGCAGUUGAUUUUCUGAAUCCCAUUAACCCUAUUGAAAAGUUAGAAGGAGCUCAUCAGCAUAAGAGAGAACUUAGAUAUUACAACUCUCAGAUGCAUAAGGCUGCUUUUUCGUUGCCUUCAUUCCUGAAGAGGGAGGUGAGGCUACUUUGCGACUAGCAGGAAUCUGCGUCUCCUAGUCCUAAGAAAAUAUGUAGUGAUAACUCCCAUUUGGCAGUAGAGUAAAUAAAAUGUUUUGCCUGCGAUUUGUUUUAUUACAAUGAAAACUUAGUGCAGGGCUUUGUUGUAUUCUGUUAUUGAUAUGCAGCAGUGUGUUUGCUUGAUGACAUACAUGUGUUUCAUGUCUUCAGCUCAUAUUAUUGGUAGCAUAAAAAUGAUAUUACAGUGUGGUUUGUUUUCUUGAUGUAGUUUUGUUUGUUUAUGGGAAAUGCUUUUUAGUA